AUGGGAAGCACCUCGGAAGAUGUUUACGACUACAUUAUUUGCGGAGGUGGUACAGCAGGAUGUGUUGUCGCUGGUCGUCUCGCGGAAAAUCCUGAUGUGAAGGUGCUCGUCUUGGAGGCGGGUCAACAUAAUAAAGAUUUGGAAAACGUACAUAUGACGGGAGGAUGGUCAAAUAACUUUGACUCGGAAACCGAUUGGAAUAUCGUCACAUCGCCUAUGAAAGGAGUCGAUAACCGGCAAGUGAAACUGAGCCGCGGCCGCUUUCUGGGAGGCUGCAGCGGAUGUAACGGAACGCUAUGUGUGCGAGGUAGCAAGCAAGACUACGACGAUUGGGAGCUGGAAGGAUGGAGUGGAGAGGAAUUCUUUGGGGCAAUGAGAAAGUCGGAAACAUUCCAUCCCAAAGACUGGUUCCAGGCCGACGCCCAGAGCCAUGGUUACAAUGGCCCACUGCAUACCGAACCGCACGAUCUCGCCCCCAUCUCGAACCGGCUCAUGGACUCGCUCGUUUCACAAGGAAUGCCGCUGCAUCAUGACAUGUUCAGCACGGGCGACGUUGCCCACGGAUGCGGCCAUGCACCUCGGACCGUGUAUAAGGGCAUCCGUACUACGGGCGCGGAUUUCAUAACCAACGAUCACAACCGCCACAACGUAACGAUUCAAACCGAUACUACCGUCGACCGCAUCGUGUUGGAAGAAGGUCCCACUGGGCUCCGGGCGACAGGUGCCGUGACCAGGUUGGCCGAUGGGACCAGCCGCACGUUCCACGCGAGAAAGGAGGUGGUCAUAGCUAGUGGUGCGUAUUGCAGCCCGGCCGUGCUGAUGCGAUCUGGAAUCGGGGCACGGGAGGAAUUGGAAAAGUUCGACAUUCCGUGCAAGGUUGACCUGCCUGGCGUAGGCAAAAAUCUGAUGGAUCAUUUGAUUGUAUUCAUGUUCUACGAAACCGAACAGGAAGGCCUAACCAACGACUGGCAUGUCUACCACGACGAUAACAUGGAAAAGACAUACGCACAAUGGAAAGAACAGAAGACCGGCUUCCUAUCGACAUUCCCCUUCGGCGCAUUCGCCUUCGCCCGCCUGGACGAGCGCCUCAAAGACGAACCGUUGUGGCGAGACGCUCCCCGCAAACCUGGCCGCGACCCAAUGGGCCUGACGCCUAAACAACCGAACAUCGAAUUCUUCACCACCGAGUGCUACGGCGGACCCAAGCAGUACGAUCAGUUCCCCGUCGACCACAAGCACGCGUUCUCGAUGAUUGCCGAGCUCUUUGCCCCGAAAUCUCGGGGCACGGUGACCUUGAAAUCUAAGGAUCCGCUGGAAAACCCCAUCGUUGACUGCAACUACCUGGCGGAUCCAAUGGACCUCCUGGUGCUGACCGAGGCCUGCCGCUUUGGCAACGAGGUGGUCAUGAAAGGCGCGGGAACCAAAGAUAUUGUCAAGGGAUCCUGGCCGCCCAACCUGACCCAUCAUACCUACACGACUCGGGAGGAGUGGAUUCCAUAUGUGAAGGAACAUGCCACCACCUGCUAUCAUGCUUCCGGAACUUGUGCGAUGGGCAAGGACGAUAACCCCCUUGCUGUCCUGGAUAACAAGCUAAGAGUCAAGGGAGUUGCUGGACUGCGCGUUGCGGACUGUAGUGUAAUGCCCACUUUGCACGGUGGACAUACCCAGAUGCCAGCAUAUGGAAUUGGGGAACGGUGUGCCGAUUUUAUCAAGGAGACCUGGUCUGACCUUUCAUUUGGAAGUAUCUCAUGC